AUGCUGGCUCCUAACAACACCACGGAUGAUCAGCUAGCUUUCACUUUCAUUGGAAUCCCUGGACUAGAAGCCUUACAUAUCUGGAUCUCAAUUCCUUUUUGCUUCCUCUACCUCAUAGCCCUCAUGGGAAACUCUGUUCUCCUUCUCCUUGUCAGGUCUGAGCAGAGCCUCCAUGAGCCCCAGUUCUACUUCCUAGCCAUGCUGGCAAUCACGGACCUGGGCCUCUCCCUAUCGACUUUGCCGACUGUCCUGGGCACCUUCUGGAUCGGCGCUCAUCAGAUUGGCCUGGAUGGCUGUCUGGCCCAGAUGUUCUUCAUUCACACACUCUCUUCUUUGGAGUCGGGCAUCCUCGUGGCCAUGGCCUUUGACAGGCUGGUCGCCAUCUGUUGUCCUCUGAGCUAUUCCCGGAUCCUGAACAGCCGCGCCAUCAUCUGCCUUGGUGGGGCCGCUUUCCUCCGCGGGGCUGCGCUGCUGGCUCCCCUCCCCCUCUUCCUCAGGAAUUUCUCCUUUUGCAGAGACAACAUUCUCUCUCACUCCUAUUGCUACUACCCAGACUUGCUGACCUUGGCCUGCGAGGACGUCACCUUCAGCAGUGCCUACGGGCUGGUCUUCGUUCUCUGCACCUUUGCCAUCGAUGCCCUCUUCAUUAUAGCCUCUUACCUGAAAAUCUUGACCACAGUGCUGAGGCUGGGAGCUCGCGACCGGGGGCUCCGAUCCAUGCAGACGUGCGCCUGUCACUUAUGCACGGUGCUUAUUUUUUACCUUCCUCUCAUCAGCCUAGCUGUACUGCACCGCUAUGCCCAAGGAACACCCCCACUCCUCUAUGCUACCAUGAGCAAUGCCUACCUCCUCCUCACCCCGCUGCUUAACCCUCUUGUUUAUAGUCUGAAGUCCAGGCAGAUCCAGGUGGCUCUACAAAGGCGACUCUGGAUUCAGAGGGUCACCACUGGAGAAUGA